AGAGGCUGCAAGGAGCAGGUACAGAGGAGAGAGCUCUCUGUAGACAUUAAGGGAGGACACUGGAAAAAAUCAGAGGUAACAUCCAUGGAGAGCAAGUACAUCAUCAAAAUGGAUGAACAUAUUCCAAGUUUCAGAGAUUUUAAGGAAAUACAGACUUCUCCACAAUUUUCGAUGCAGCCUCUUUCACUUACUGCUAAACCAAACAAAUAUACAAUCUUUAGAGACAACUAUGAAUCGGGCAUCAUGUAUUCUGGGAAGGAUGUGUCUACCCCAACUCUGGAAAGAUUCCCUGUAAACUCUGAAGGAGGGUCCCGUAAGCGGAAAAGCACUCCCACAAAAGUAAUUCACACUUCCCGGUUAGACGACUUUUCAAUAGAAAUGGAAGAGCCUGAAGACAUCAAGAUGGACAUACCAUCACCAAAACCCACAGCCGGUGCCCAGAUGAUAGACUUGAGCAACGGAGGAUUUCAGUUCUUCAGAACUUUAGAUCAUCUUGGUACUAUGGGAUUGAAACCUGAAUCCAUUAAGCAUAACGUGAUGUGGCCAGCAAGUCCUCUGAUGAUGCACUCUCCCCGGCCAUACUUUGCUAAUAUUCAUCCUGAAUUUAUGUUCCCUUUUGUUAUGGCACCACCAAGUCUGCAUUUUAGACAUCCCUUUUAUAAUCAUGAUCUACUUGGAUAUCCCAUUGGAGGCUUCCAUAUUGCAGAAGAAAAUGGUCAGAAAAACAGGGUCGAAAGAGUUGAUGUCAACAUUAAGAUUGAUGAUACCUAUUAUGUUGAUGUGGGUGGCGAUCAGAAACGCUGGCAAUGUCGAAUGUGUGAAAAGUCGUACACAUCCAAAUAUAACCUCGUGACACAUAUCUUGGGGCACAGUGGUAUUAAGCCUCAUGCUUGCUCUCAGUGUGGGAAGCUCUUCAAACAACUGAGCCACCUGCACACUCACAUGCUGACACAUCAGGGUACCAGACCUCACAAAUGCCUUGUUUGCAACAAGGCCUUCACACAAACUAGUCAUCUCAAACGACACAUGAUGCAGCACAGUGAUGUGAAACCAUAUACUUGUGGCAUUUGUGGAAGAGGCUUUGCCUAUCCAAGUGAGCUCAAAGCCCAUGAAACCAAGCAUGAAAAUGGUCGAGACAACAUCUGUGUGGAGUGCGGACUGGACUUCCCCACUCUAGCCCAGCUAAAGCGACAUCUGACGUCUCACCGAGGUCCCAUUCUGUAUCAAUGUAAUGAAUGUGACAAAACAUUCCAGUAUCCAAGUCAGCUUCAAAAUCACAUGAUGAAACACAAAGAUAUCCGUCCCUACAUCUGCACUGAAUGUGGGAUGGAAUUCAUUCAACCCCACCAUCUCAAGCAGCACUCCUUAACUCACAAGGGUGUGAAGGAACAUAAGUGUGGAAUCUGCGGGCGUGAGUUCACGCUGCUGGCAAACAUGAAGCGUCAUGUUCUCAUCCACACCAACAUCCGAGCUUACCAGUGCCACCUGUGCUUCAAGAGCUUUGUGCAGAAACAAACAUUAAAAGCGCAUAUGAUUGUGCACUCUGACAUCAAGCCUUUCAAAUGCAAGCUGUGCGGAAAGGAGUUUAACCGAAUGCACAAUUUGAUGGGACACAUGCACCUGCACUCUGACAACAAACCAUUCAAAUGCAUUUACUGCCCCAGCAAAUUCACCCUGAAGGGAAACCUUACACGGCAUAUGAAGAUUAAGCACGGAGUCAUGGAUGGAGGCCCCAAUUCACACAGCUUCAGGAGGAGAGGACUAAGUGUAUUUUCCCAGGCCAAUCUACUGAGCAACUUUGAGCAGGAAGAACCCUUUGAUCUUUCCCAAAAAAGCAGAGUAAAAACAAGCUUCUCUCAGUCGGAUGGAGAGAGUGCCAAGGGAAGCUCCUGUCAUGAGGAAGAUGAGGACAACUACUAUACAAUGGGACAGUAUAGCCCUGAGGAGUAUUGCAGAGAUGACAAGCUAUAUGUACCAGAAGAUCUGUCCCUGAAAGCAGCAAGACCACUUCAUAAUUUCAGAGACUUGGCCAACGAAGAUAAAGAGAGAGUGAUGAGUGAAGACGAGGAGGACCUGCUGGUCAAUGAAGAAUUUCUGCAGAAUGGAAUUGAAGCUGACAAAUAUAACAAUGUUUGCUACUUAUUUGAUAAUCUCAAUGAAAACUAUAAUGUCAAAAGCCUAAAGGACGUCUUAACAAAGCUUAACCAUUAUAUUGCUUGAACAUCUGAAUGAAAUAGAAAUGUUAUAGACAGAGUGUAAUACUGAAUAGACAUAAGAGAUGUGAGACAUACAGUAGUUUUUCCUUAACAUGUUAACCUGUAUUUAGAUUACACGCCCAUUGAGUUGGCCACCCUCGGUUAAUGGGGCCAAAACCUGGCACUUCUAUCAAAUCACAGUCAGUGGCACCAAGGAACUUUAACAAUACAGAUCUUGCAACUGCGCCAAAGCCAUGAUAGCAAGCUGGGCAGCCUUGAGGUAGAGGCUGCUAUCCCCAAUGCUUGAGAUAUGAAACCAGCGUUGUCUAUUUACCAGGCAGACAAUGUAAACCUUGCAUCUGGCUGAGACAUGAAUCUAUCACCAGCAUAUUCACCAGCAGAUUGUGUCUAACCUAUUAAAUAGGCACUUUUUCCACUUUGUUUACCAUGUCUGACACCAAUUUAAUUUACAUUUUGUGAUAUUUCUUCAGAUAUAAUUCGAAACGCUUAUUAUAAUGUUAUUGUAAUUACUAAUCAGAUAUUAGACAGUUAUUGAUUCAGGCUUUUCUGAUAUGUUUUCUAGAUUUCAAAAGCAAGUGUUGAAGUAUACUUUACAAUCAGAGCCUGUCUUUAUUGUUUGGUCUUUGUCCAAUGCAUACACAUUUUUAUAUAAAAAAUUGUGAUAACUGUAAACUGCACAAGAAUAUGGCAACAAGUACCAGAAUGGUAACAAACUAACUACAAAUAGAACAAAUACGUAACAAUAAUAUAAAUCUCUUUCUUUAAUGAAAUUGAGAAGCUCAUAUGCUUGUCAUCAGUGCCUGAUCUCUGAACAGAUAAGAUCACAAAGGCACAUUGUGUAUGAGUGCACUAAUGCCAUGUGAUUUCCAUCUCUCAUUUUUGUUUUGAUCCUUGUUAGAACCUGAGAACCACUUGAUUAAACUUCUUUGUGAUUCAAAUCAUUUCAGAGUGAGCAUUGACUCGUACAUUAAUGAAUCACAGUUCUACACGAAGGGAUGAGUCAGUUCAACAAUAAUUUACAUUGCACAUAAACUUUCAGGUUGGGAAAAGGUCUCACGGUGCUUUACAAAGACUGAACAGACGCCCGAGAUUGGAGGGAGCGGGGGGAUAGAGGAAGAUGACUGAAAGCGCAUUCAAAGAGAUAGGUCUUCAAGGAGAUUUGAAAGAACAGAAGGAAAGAUCAAGGAGAGGUGUGAAAUUGGGUUAGAUGUGAUUAUAACAAAGAAAAUAUACUUUCAAGAAUGUAACCACUGUUUUCUGUUGAAUGCAACAAUAUUGAUGAUGGUUUUAUAAAUNAAAAAUAAUCCUUUGCAUUUGAUUUAGAUCCUGUAAUAUUAAGAAUGUCUCAAAAUACUUUAUGUCUUAGAAAUCAUUGUUAUUGGGUAGUUUGUAAAAGAGUAUUACUCUAAAGUUUAAAGUAGCAAAUGAAAGUACUAUUGACCAAAUGUUGUGUUUAUACUUCAUCAUCAACAAUAAAAAUGAACCUCUUGUCUCUUUACAUGUCAUUCUAUUGUAUUAGUCAAACAAUCAAUGUACCUGAAGGAAACAAAAACAUUAUACUUUCCCUCCUUGGGCGACUUUCUUCACUUGUUUUCCAGUA